ACCAAACACGGACGCGAAUUUGACAGACAGUUGAGCAGAGCUUGGAAUACCGUUGGUACCCCUGGCGCGUUGCUGCACCCAUGGAAAGCAUGGAAAAUCAACGAGCUACUCCAGAUGACAAAAAGUUUGGAGUUGUCAAAUUCGUUGGUGACAAUACCGUCGCCGUUAUUCAUUUAAACUGGGUGGAUGGGGCUGACUGCUUUUGGCCGACUGCAACACACAAGAAUCUUGGUGCUCUCACCUUGGAAGGUGCCCAGCCACAGCCAGAUUGGAAGAAAUCCCGUUUUGCUUCCUUAGGAUGGUAUGACACUUACCAGAAAGCCAGAAGCAAGUUGCCGACGGCCGAGUUGACAUCGGACCUUUGUAGCGACGUGGAGAUGGGUCGUGGGAGAAGGAAAAAAGCCAAGAGGAUUUUGUAUAGUGAAACUGAAUCUGAGGGUGAAGAGACCUACCAGCCACCCAAACCGCCAACUCCACCAUGCUUUAAACCAACAACGAAAAGCGUCCGCUGCAGACGUAAAGUGCCCCAGGUUCGAGAAAAGACUUAG